AUGGGGAACAAGAGAAAUGGCCGUGCGUCUAGUAACAAAGCAGUUUCACACAUUCGUUUUCCUCUUGGCGAACUUGCGAGUAGAAGAAAAGAAUUAAAGGAGAAAUAUUUGGCACAAAAUUCUAAGCUAAAGGAUCUGCAAAAAGAUGUACAGAAAAGAUCAAAAAAGGUAUGCAAGUUUAAUAUUUCUGGAUCCAACAACCUGAUGGCUGAUGGAUUUACAGGGUUGGCAAAUCUUCUUAUAUUAAUAUAAGAAGACUUAUUUUUCGGGGGAAAAUCUUCUUAUAUCUUCUUAUAUUAUUUUCGACAAUUUUGUGAUUUGAAGAUGUGAAUUUGAAGCUAAAAACUGGUUACAAGUUAUUUGAUAACAUAUACAAGUAAAAUAUGUUUGUGUGAUGUUACUCUGAGUGUAUAUCCACACCGGGCAGGCUUGAAAAAUAUGCCUGGCCACGGCGGGAUUCGAACCUACGACCUUUGGAAUACUAGCCCAAUGCUCUUCCAACUGAGCUACGCGGUCAGGACGGUUAGAGUAUGCGAUAUUUCGGAACUGAGUCUAGUUCCUUCGAUAUCAGUGUAAUCUAAUAAUCAUGAAAUCUGCUAUUAUUCACCUGAGUACAUUACACCAACACAGCAGAUUACAAGUAAAAUAGAUUUCAUGAAAAUAUGUAAUUUAUACUUAUGAUGUCAUAUUUCCUUGAUGUCAUCAACGUUUGUUCGAAGAUGGAAAAUCUUCUUAUAUUAAUAUAAGAAAUAAGAAGAUUUUACUUUUAAAAAAAUCUUCUUAUAUCCAACCCUGUGAUGGAACAAUACACUCAAAGUUAUUUUAACAUUUGUUUUAGAUUGAACGCCAACAAGAGAGUAUAUCUUUACUCGACACAAAAGAGCAGUCUAUGUCACACAGAAAGAGAAAACUUGAAAAUGAAAAGGCUAAAGGUAUCGAAGUGGCACGGAAAAGAAAAAAGACUGUAAGACAACAGAUUCCAUCUGAAUUAAAUCCACAGAACCCAGAAAAAUUUCAGGAUUCGAUGAAAGGUCGAACAAGUAGGCGAAGACGAAAAGAAACCCUAGAUUCUUGUAAGGUCAUACACAGGGAUUGUGUAGGUAAUAUUUGGAAAUUACGUUUAGGCAUGCUGUAGCAGUUGUAAAGAAGCCUACAGUAACUUCAGUAAUGAGUAUUUGUCUGUGACCUUGUGUGCUGUAUGUUGGAUGGCAUUGAUUUAACGGUUACUUUUUUCAACCUGAUUACCCGACAUGCAUGCAUUUUCUUAAGAUUAUAGUUCAGGUAGGAUUUACCCCGGCCAGAGUCGCACCAUUAACCCUUCCACUAGUUAGAUGGUAACGAGACCAAUGGCCAUGGCAGAUAGUCUUGUUAACCCAUUAAGUGGCAGUACUCUACCCUUGACCAGUAAAAUCACCUGGCACUAGACACAGUGAAAUACUAAUUAAAGUACUGUGCAUAAAGGCGCAAUGGCAUGGGUUAAAGAGUUAAAGAAAUUUACUUUACUUUUGUAGGUAAAACCUCUGCAGCUCUUGCUGGAAUGUGGGUGACUCUCAUUAAUGAGAGUACAACUGAACAACUGAUGGCAUGUGUGGAGACAUCCCCAAAGAUGCAAAGUAAAGUUAUUCCUGGUAUAGUAAGCAAACAAGUUAAGCAGAACGAAGCAAGCAGGAUAAUAUGUGUCGCAGUUUAAAAAUCUUAUAUGAGAAAGGCCUACUAUCCAAGGAAAAGUACAAAGCUAUCUGUAGAAAUAUCCAAACAAAAUUUAGUGAGUCAUUAAGUACUCCAAGGCUUGUUUACUACGACAAAUUGAUUGCUUUCAUUAAGUCAGUCAAUUUGGACAAUGUCCAUGAUUUUGCAACUACAUUUUGUAAGGCAAAUAUAGGUGAAUUUGAAGAACAAGUCAAUGGGUCAUAUAGAGAUUUCUGCAGUUAUAUUACUACUUUAGCAGAACUUUAUAUACUUGUUGAUCAAGCGUUGGGUUCUGAAUCAUUUUUCCAGCAUUUCGUAAGUUUGCCAUAUCAUUUCAGGGUCGCCAUUGGAGCUGACGGUGCUCCCUUUGGUAAAGAUGACGAAGCCACGGCUUGGCUUGUCUCAUUUCUAAAUGUCGGUAAACAUAUCCAAAGUGAGAAAGACAACUUUCUGAUAUGUGGGGCAAAUUGUUCAGAAACCCAUGAAGGUAUGAUGCAAUAUGCUAAGAAGUGAAUGCAUGAUAUUGCAUAUAUUGAAAACCAUCCAAUCAAUAUUAAUAGUUUAAACUGUAAAUUUACUGUAGAGCUUAUCCCUUCGGAUAUGAAAUGGUUAUUUGCUAUGGCUGGAGAGCUCAAUAACGCGGCCUAUUACUUUUCACCUUUGCAGAUGUCAAUAAUGAUAACAAGGCAAUCCCCAAUGGAACCCUGGGGGGAGACCCAUCAUGCACGUGGCACCCCUGGGAUUAUGAGGAAAGGGUUAAGGUGGCAAAGAAAGUUGCGGCUAAAAAGGAGCAGCUAUUUAAGACUAAUGUUUCCUCCAAAACGAAAAGAAACAAGCUUCUUAAUUUUAUUAAGGAACAGGGAUCCCGGCAAGAGUAUGAACCAGUUUUAGGUAAAUUGAUAGAUUGUGGAUUUGCCAAACCCCUACACAAUAGCAAUAAUGCAUGGGGUUAUCUGCAUAAUCUUAUGCUUGAGAUUGCUUUGUCUAAAUCGAAUAUUACACCAAACUGCAAAGAAAUUGACCAGUUGCCGGCAAAUUCUACCUUAGUCAUUUACCUCACUAUCUUGGAAGAGACGGUACGUGUCCCUCAACUAGUUAAAAAAAUAAAAACUUGGUUUGGUGAGGGUCGAAAGACUUCCUUCGCAUAUAGAUUCACAGGGAAAGAGAAAAAACUUUUGUCGUAA